UGCUGCUGGAGCCUCAAACACGGACUAAUGACCCCUCUAAUGUCUCUUCACCCUCCUGACAGAGCUGAAUACCCUGGGCCACCCUCUCUGUUGACAACCUUUCAUCUGGGCUGACUUGUGCUGUGCCACCUGUGAGCUGCUAAAAGGGCUGCACUUUUGCAUUCACCAGGGUAGAGCUCCAGAGGCUGUGCAGCAUUUGUUCUGGACAACACCCAGUGAGACAGAAACCUUGAGCUUCUGCAGGGGUGCUGAUGGGACUAAUCAGUGUUAGCUGAGCCGUUCCACUGAAUGAAUCCCAGGGACUCUGGUGCUCCCUGAAAUGAGCAGAGGACCCUGAGAGAAGGGCUCAAGGCUGCUUUGAUGCCUGCAGCCCCGUUGUGAAGCACGAUGUCCGAUGAAGCCAGCUCGGAGCAGAAGCCUUCCACAACAACAGUCAGCUCUGUUGCUGUGCAGGCUGGGGAUGCCAGCAUUGUUAUAGCUGUGCUCAAGUGUGGAAAAUGGGUGAAGCUUCAGCUAGCUGAAUCAACACCAAAUAUAUUAGAAAUUGGCAGCAAUCAAGAUGAGACUAAAAAACUGCUUCAAGAUCAUGAAUUCCUCCUGUCCAAGCUGAAGGCUUUGGAAGACAAGGUAUGGGACCUGCUGCAGGAAGCAGACAAGGUUGCAGAGGAGAACAAAGAAAAGAGUCAGGUUUAUGAUGCCAUGGCAGAGACCCUGGGGGAUGCAUGGGAUGCCCUCAUCAUCAUGUUAGAGAAGCGACAGGCACUUCUGGAACUGACUUCAGUGUUCUUUGAAAAUGCUCUGGAGUUUGCAGUUAAAAUUGACCAAGUUGAAGAUUUCCUGAAGAAUGCUCAAGAGUUUGACAAUAUUGACUCUCUGAGAGAACUUCUUCUGCAACAAGAGCAUCACACAAAAGAACUUCUGGAGAAGUCGUUUGCUCUUCUAAACAAAAGCCAUGACCUAACUCAAUUCAUAGAAGAAUUCAAAUGUGAGGGGCCAAAUGCAAAUCCAGAGCUGAUUCAAGGAGCCCACAGCAGCUGCUUGAAGAUUGACAAUCUCCUUGAGGUGCUGCAGGACAGGAGGAGGCAGCUGGACAAAUUCCUCCGACAUCAGCGCCAAGGGCUGGAGCAGGUUCUGCAAAUUUGUUUGUGGCACCAGCAGGAGACCCAGGUAACAUCUUGGUAUAAGAAAAACAUCAGAGAUUACUUUCAGAAGCAAAACUUAGGCUCAUCACUGUUGGAAAAUGAGGAGUUACUUCAGGAACUUGAAGAAAUGGAAGUCAAAGUGAAAGAGUGGAAUUACACUGUGGAACAAUUGGAAGGUGAAGCAUUUAGGAUCUUGCUUUCAGAGGACUAUACAGAAAAAGAACAUCUAAAACUUUCAAAUCAGAAAAUCUGUCUCUUGCAAGAAGAAGUGUGCUUGCACAUGGAAGAAAGGAAAGCCCUUCUGCAAGAGGCCAAUGACUUUUUUCAUGCUGCUGGCAAGGUACUUGAUGGUCUUGAAAGUAUUGAGAAUUACCAUAAAAUCUCUAUUUCAGAAGGCUUACAUUUACCUAUAUUGGCACUGAAGUACAGGGAAUUGCAGGAAGCAAUUAAAGGUUGUACAGCCACUACCAUGCAGAAGGGACAAACUUUAGUGAACAAAGCAGAUUCUCACAGCUCUUGGGUGGCAGGAAUUCAGAAAAUGAUGGAAUAUGUUCAAAAAAAAGUAGAUCAGUUAAACAGCCACUGUCCAGAAUAUGAAGAAUUUACUUUGAAGAAACAACAAUGGAUUGCCUCACUUGAAGAUCAUCUGAGCAAGGUGUGGCAGUCAAUUAAAAAGCUCGGCCCGGUGCUCGCAGUUGGAAUGGAGAUUGGCUCCUAUUUGUGUGAGUCAGAAAGGGUUUUGAACGUGCACCUUGAACUGGCUAAACAAACAAAGGAAACUUCAUGUGAACUGAAAGCAGCUGAGGGAAUCAUCAAAAAUAUGGAAGAGUUGGAACCUGAGCAGGCGGCGGCUUUUUCUAGCAGAGCUGACUUUCUGAGUAAAGAGCUGAAAAAACUUGAAAAAAAUAUCAGUUCAAAGCUAGAAAUUCUAGAAACUUAUGUGGCCUUUUUACAGUCAGCUGUAGAGGUGAAUGAUGAUAUUAAAAAUCUGAAGGAAUUCUAUAACUCAAAACCCCUACCAACAAACAGAGAGACUGAAAAUAAAAUUGCAAUAGAGUCAGCUAAUACUCAGUGGCAAAAUACUAUAAAGAAGACUUUUUCCACUGAAAAUAUGGGUUGCUGUUUUCUUAAUUUGGUAAAUGUGGUAAAUGAGAGGUUAAUAUUAGAAGUAGAAAAAUCGAUAAAAGUAACAGAAGAUAUCAUUAUGAACCUGAAUAAAGAAAGGAAAGAGCUGACUGAUCUUUGGGCAAUCUGGAAUUUUAAAGUUACUCAAGUAAAACCCAUCAAUCAACAGUGUCAGAUAUUUCAAGAACAACUAAAAAUCACUACUCGUGGAUUAGAGAUUCUUCAAGAGGCCCUCCAGCUUGCAGUACCAGUUGACCUUGGAAGUGACCUUUCAAUUGUUCUGGAACUACAGAAAAAGCUGAACCAAAUGAAACCACACUAUGAGCAACUGAAUGCUGAGCUUGAGUACCUGAUCAAAUUGUUGGAAUUACCAAGCCAGAAAGGAUUUCCUGUGAAAGAGAAUUCUGAGAGAAUAAGUGAGCUUAUUCAUUUCCACCAAUCAGUAAAGGAUGCAAUGAUAGAAUACGAUGAGAUUUUCAGCAAGACAGUCAAAUUCCAUCACAUUAAAGAAGAACUGGAAUGUCUAUCAAAAUUAGGAGAACUGGAUAUUCCUGAAAUAUAUGGGGACCCUGAAAAUGUGCACCAGGCUAAAGCCUACCUUGUGAAUUCUCAGGAGAAACAUGCACAUAUUAGACAGCUGUAUACUCUGCUUAUUACCCAGGGAGUGGAUAUCUUGUCUGCAGUGCAGCAACCUAAUUGUUUGAAUGUUUCUGUAAAGAAUCUGAAGCAAGAACUUGCUAGAUUUGAGUGUGAUAGCAUAAACUGGAGCUCCAGAGUUGAUAAGUAUGAGGAAGAACUGUCACAGUAUUUCCAACACUGCACCACUCAAGAGGAUAUAAAUGAGCUCAGAGAAUCAUUUAAGGAUCUGAAAAAGAAAUUCAACAAUUUGAAGUUUAACUACAUGAAGAAAACUGAAAAAGCUCGAAAUCUGAAAGUACUCAAAGUACAGAUUCAGCAAGUUGAUACAUAUGCAGAGAAGCUACAGAUUCUUAAAAAGAAGAUGGAUAAUUUAGAGAGGAAAGUCAUUGACCCUUUUGCAAAUGAACCUAAGGCUAAAGCUCAAGUCCUCUUGGGCUCAAUCAGUGACUUACAAAAACAACUGAAUGAUUUUAACACAGUUGUGGAAGAUUACAAGCAAAAUCUGGAUCUCAUGGAGCAUCUGCAGCAGAUGAUGAAAGAGUGUCAAUUUUGGUUUGAAGAUGUGAGUGCAACAGUGAUUAGAGUUGGCAACUACUCUGCAGAAUGCAAAACAAGAGAAGCAAUAGAGACUCUCUAUAAGCAAUUCAAUAAGUUUAUUGAACCUGCAGUGCCUGAACAAGAAGAAAAAAUUCAGCAGAUUAUGGACCUUGCUAGACAGUUGUAUGGGAUUGAAGAAGGAAAGAAGUAUGUAGAAAAAACUGUACUAAAGUAUGAAGAAAUCAUGAGUUCUGUUGAUGGGUUGUGCAGAUCUCUGAGAGAACUUAAGGAGAUAAAGGUAUGUUUUUCUAACCUGGAGAAUGCAUUGCAUCUGCACCCUUUUAUCCUGCUUGGUGUCUGAAUCAGUGCUUUUAGUGAGGAUCAUCUAUGGUAGCAUGAAUUACCUCUUAGUUGUUCACUCUUCUGUUAAUUUAGGUAAUGAUUGUAAGGAAUCAAUGAAGUGCUACUAGUUUGGACACUACAUAUUUCUUCUGAGCUUCUUUUUCUUUGCUUCUUUCAGA